AUGAAAGAACGUCAUGCUAACUUUCGCGCAGCUCUCGUCAGCGGUGAGAAGUCGAACUUCCAGUACAUUCUUCGUCUCCUCAAUACCAACGUCGAUGGCAAGCAGAAGAUCAUGUAUGCCCUGACCCGCAUCAAGGGUGUCGGCCGCAGAUAUUCCAACCUGGUGUGCAAGAAGGCCGAUGUGGACCUCAACAAGCGUGCCGGUGAGAUCACCUCUGAAGAACUCGAGCGCAUCGUCACCAUUAUUCAAAACCCUACCCAGUACAAGAUCCCCGGCUGGUUCCUGAACAGACAGCGCGAUAUCGUCGACGGCAAGGAUUCGCAGGUGUUGGCCAACGGCAUGGAGAGCAAGCUGCGUGAGGAUUUGGAGCGUCUGAAGAAGAUCCGUGCCCACCGUGGUCUGCGUCACUACUGGGGCCUCCGCGUUCGUGGCCAGCACUCCAAGACCACUGGUCGGAGAGGCCGGACUGUCGGUGUCAGCAAGAAGAAGGGCUAG